AUGCCAUCAGUCUUGAACAACUUCCAAAAGAGGCUUGUUCAUCAGCUAAUAGAGGUCGAAUACCCGUCUCUAGUGACUAUCAGUAGGCCUGCUUUCAUCCAAGUCAUUGACUAUGACGAAGACCGCGAGAAGGCUAUCCAAGAGCAGAGGAUGGCUCGGGCACGAGAGCGAGUCUGGAAGCAGAUCGGGUUCAGAUGGAUUGUGGAAGCGUUAUCUGGUGGUGAUCUCUCGCAUCUUGAUCCGUUUUGUUUCGGGAGCAUAAUGAACAGCUCGACAGUCGUGGAACCACAGGUCUCACUACACGGGUUCUCUGAGAAAUUGCAGCAGCGCUUGAGAACUCACCGACCUGUGCUAGUAGGACACAAUCUUUUCACGGACGUGGUAUAUCUUUACCGCUGCUUUUUUGGGCCACUUCCGGAUAAGCUGGAAGAAUUCCAAGCAAUUGUUCAUCAUAUGUUUCCAAUUUUGAUGGAUACAAAAUACAUGGCUACGCACGAUUGCGGUUCUAUCACCCCCAAAUCGUCUUUGAGUGAGAUCAACGAUAACCUUCUCCAUAUAAAGACCCCGAAAAUAAGUGCGGAAAAUGCCUCGCCUUAUAUUGUUGUUGCGUCAAGCUGA